UCUGGUGACGUUACUUUUUAAAAUAAACUUUCUCUCGCCAUCUUAAACCUGUAGAAAGUUAUAUAUAGUCGACCUAAAAUACAAUAUAUCCUAUAGGUCAGGAGACGGCGAGUGGACAGAUAAAAUGUUGUGCUUAUAUAGGUGGCACGGUUUUAUGUCAUCUAAUUAUUUUUUUGUAAAGAGACAAAAUGUAUACUGAGCUUAUCUUUGAGUCUGUGGGGUCAACCACAGUCUUUUUCAGCAUGAGGACUCUGUAGCGUUGACGUUUUCUGACCCACUCAUCGAGCCAACCGCCAGACAGACUCAUUCUACGUCGAUCGAUGUGCGUAAAAGAGCGCGGCUGCACCUGUUCCAGUGGGUCGGUGAUUUCCGCCCAACAGUGCUGUACCAUACGCAUCUUUAUCGUGUUGGUUAGAAUGAAGAACUAAGUUCAACUUCCAGAGUCGUUGCGAUGCCAGCGCUUUUAGGAGGUGCCGGCAGUCCACACCAUUCUCCGGGGCUGAGAUGGAGUCUCCUUGUGGUGGUAUUAAUUCUGUCUGUCAUGGCAAGCUCCGCGGCGGCAAGCUCCCCGGCUGCAUCCGCCGCCGGUACCGGCCAGGGAAAUGGCACGACUCUUCACACCGAUUCCAAAACUAACGGCACAAGUCAUCAUACGAAAAAGGCUUUUCCAGUCCUCUCAGUCAAUUAUGAUUAUGUUCGGAUGCCCUUCGAGAUAUCCUUAUGGAUAUUACUUGCUUCAUUAAUGAAAUUAGGCUUCCACCUGGUCCCACGGCUGUCCGCCGUGGUUCCAGAGAGCUGCCUACUCAUCGUGGUGGGUCUGCUGGUGGGCGGCCUCAUGAAGCUGGUGGGUGAGAACCCGCCCGUCCUCGACUCCAAGCUCUUCUUCCUAUGCCUGCUGCCGCCCAUCAUCCUGGACGCCGGCUACUUCCUGCCCAUCCGCGCCUUCUCCGAGAACGUGGGCACCAUCCUGAUGUUCGCCGUGAUAGGGACGCUGUGGAACGCCGCCUUUACGGGUAUGGUGCUGUAUGGAGUGUGCCAGGCGGAGGGCGGGGAGCUGAAGGAAGUCGGCCUACUGGCAUGCCUGCUGUUUGGCUCCAUCGUGUCGGCGGUGGAUCCGGUAGCGGUGCUGGCUGUGUUUGAAGAGAUCCACAUCAAUGAGCUACUGCACAUCAUCGUGUUUGGAGAGUCACUGCUCAAUGAUGCCGUCACUGUGGUCCUCUACCAUCUGUUUGAGGAGUUUUCCAACGCAGGAAUGGUGACCCUGGCGGACGCCUGUCUGGGUGUUGUCUGCUUCCUGGUGGUGUCGCUGGGCGGCAUCCUGGUGGGCGCCAUCUACGGGGUCCUGGGGGCGUUCACCUCGCGCUUCACCUCGCACACGCGUGUCAUCGAGCCGCUCUUCGUCUUCCUCUACAGUUACAUGGCCUACCUGUCAGCCGAGGUGUUCCAUCUGUCCGGCAUCAUGUCUCUGAUUGCGUGUGGGGUGGUGAUGCGGCCGUAUGUGGAGGCUAAUGUGUCCCACAAGUCCUACACCACCAUCAAGUACUUCCUGAAGAUGUGGAGCAGUGUGAGCGAGACGCUCAUCUUCAUCUUCCUGGGCGUGUCCACGGUGGCAGGGCCUCACGAGUGGAACUGGACCUUCAUCAUUGUCACCGUCUUCCUCUGCCUUCUCUCUCGUGUGCUCGGAGUGAUUGGCUUAACCUUAAUCAUCAACAGAUUUCGUAUUGUGAAGCUGACCUGUAAAGACCAGUUCAUAGUGGCGUAUGGUGGCCUGCGGGGGGCGAUAGCAUUCUCUCUGGUGUACCUGCUGUCGCCCGAGCACUUUACCAAGAAGAACAUGUUCCUCACAGCCAUCAUCACAGUGGUCUUCUUCACUGUGUUUGUCCAGGGGAUGACCAUCCGGCCGCUGGUGGAGCUGCUGGCUGUGAAGAGGAAAAAGGAGACCAAGCACACCAUCAAUGAAGAGAUCCACAUUCAGUUCCUGGAUCAUUUACUCGGGGGCAUUGAGGAUGUGUGUGGACACUGCGGCCACCACCACUGGAAGGACAAGCUAAGUCGUUUUAACAAGGCCUAUGUGAAGAAGUGGCUGAUAGCAGGCGACCGCUCCAUGGAGCCACAGCUCAUCUCCUUCUACCACAAGCUGGAGCUCAAGCAGGCCCUCAUGAUGCUGGAGGGCGGCGGCACGUACACUAACGUUUCCAUGCAGAAUAUCCAGCCCAAGAGGCCGGUUCCAGAGCGUGUUGUUCCCCGGAUGUCUAGAGGUCGUGAGGAGGAGGUCAGGAAGAUCCUCAGGGCCAACCUGCAGAACACCAGACAAAGGCUCCGCUCCUACAGCAGGCACACUUUAUUUGAAGACCCUCUGGAGGGAGAGGAGGAGGACUAUAGUGAGGCCCAGAUGAGGAAGCAAAGAGUCGAGAUACACAGAAGGAUGAGUCAUUACAUGACCGUUCCAGCUAAACAGAAUUCCCCACCCGCCAGGAGAGUGCGCUUUGAGUCCGACAACCAGGUGUUUGGCUCCACGCCCGCCUCCACCCCCAGCUCCAGGUUCCAGGUGUCGGUGGUGCCGUCCAUCCAGGUGACCCGGGCCCCCAUGGCCCGCAUGGAGCAGCUGUCGCAGGAGUCAGUCAGCCUCGUGGACGAAUCACAGCAGCAGGACUCUGAAAGGGGAGGGGCCUACAGCAGUGACGGUAGCCUGGGGGCGGAGCUAAGCGUGCCGCACGGAGAGUCAGACCACCUGAGGCUGCCGCGUUGCUUUAGCGACCCGGGACCCAACAAGAUGGAGGAGGAGGAGGAAGACGAUGAGCACUUUGUGUCUUGACGCUAGGGAGGUGUCUGUGUGUCUGUGUGCGCGUGUCUGUCUGUGCGCGUGUCUGUCUGUGUGCGUGUGUCUCUGUGUGUGUGUGAAGGAGAGAGUGUGUGCAUCUGUGAUGGGGCAAAUGUAUUGACAAAUACAAAUAUCUCACACACAGUCCAACAAAUGCACAACAAGCACUGCAUUACAAAAAAAUUGAAGAGCAAGGAAGCACUCUUGUUAUGUUUUCACAUAGUGUGUGUGUGUGUGUGUGUGUGUGUGUGUGUGUGUGUGUGUGUGUGUGUGUGUGUGUGUGUGUGUGUGUGUGUGUGUGUGUGUCUUCAACUGCACUGGUGUUUUAUCUCAUGUCCUGUUGUGGGGAAAUAAUGAGUCUAUCUGUGUGUCUGAUCAUGCUAAAAUGGCGGCUCAUGUAAUGAUUGUGGUGCUUUAGAACAGUAAGUACAAGAGCCAAAUGCUUCAAACUACACUUCCUAUGAUGCAUGAUUUACCUAUGUUUGUGAUUCUCAAAUAGCAAAGCACAUCCUCAGGGACUCUAUAAAUAUAUUUGUGUGUGUGUGUCUACUUUGUGUGGCUUUCUGUCGUGUGAAUGAGCACACGGUGGGUGUGGAUGGCUGUAGCUUACAGAUAUGCAUGACCGUUACACUCAUACUCACCACGUCAGAGAUUUGCAUAUGAUAUGCAUUUGCCUUUAUUCGCAAAGCAGAUGUUUGUGAAAAGUUCUCUUUGCCUAAAAUUCAAAUAGGCACAGUGGUAAUAAACCAGUUGCCAGUGUGCUUUUGAAUGCAGAGAAACGGUGAACUUUGAGCUACUGCUGUUAGCCAGUGCUAAUUUUGAUAAUAUCUCGGAUGUAGCAGGCAGAUGUCUCCACCAUGUCACCUGCUUCCUCAGUCAUUCUUCUGGGAGAUUCCGAGAGAUGUUCACUGUGUAACAGAAUCCUCAGCUAAAUCCACACUAAAGUGCACAUGGCCUUGCUUAAAAUAAAUACGCACAAGUGUCCUCAUGCCAAGCUAACCACUUUUUCAUCUACAUGUAUUUUUGUAUAAAAAUGUUGAAGUAUAGGUUGCCAAAGACAUUUUGUAAAACAUGACAUGAUCUGAAUUUUGAAAUGCAGUUGCAUUGAAAAGAAGCAACAUACGUUCAUUCAUUUGAAAUGCAGAUUAUUUCUCUAUGUGACUAUAAAGUAAAAACUUACAAGCC